ACUGUCUUCGCUGACCUGCGCCGAAGAGGGUCCGGAUUCCUGCUCAGCUGAGAGGAGAGGACGCCGCCGCAGUGCUGCCGUGCACAUGGAGUCGGGACCGGGAGGCCGUGGCCGCGCGUCAGCGUCAGCGCCGCUCCCGGAGCCGCCGAGCUGGAGGAGGAGCGCCCGCCUGAUGGACGAACUCCUGUGAGCAGACCGUCCUCUGCUGCGCACCGGACUGUUGGGAGGAGAGAGAAGAACAAACUUGAUUCCAAAUCUUCUCAUGGAGCCGGGGGGCGCAGGGUAGGGUGGUGGGAGGGGGGCCAGGCAGGGGCCUCCUGGAGAGACCAGAGCUUCACAACUCAAGUGUAACUCCACUAAAGCUAAUGGAUUUGAAGAGAGUGCUGUCCUUCCCACCGUACCCCGGGGACUACCUGCAUCCAGUGGUGUAUGCCUGCACAGCAGUCAUGCUGCUCUGUCUGCUCGUCUCCAUCAUGACCUACAUUGUCCACCAAAGUGUGAUCCGCAUCAGCAGGAAUGGCUGGCACACACUCCUCAACUUCCUCUUCCACACGGGGCUGACGUUUGGAGUUUUCGCCGGGGGCAUCAAUCAGAUCCAGUUACCUUUUGUGUGUCAAAUUGUUGGCAUUGUUCUCCACUAUGCUUCUUUGUCUACCAUGCUUUGGCUGACGUUUACUGCUAGAAACAUCUGUAAAGAUGUGUCCAAAGACCCUCUUCGGGCCCAGAACAGGGAUCGGCCAGGCCAGACUCGCACCAAACCAACUAUCUUCAGAUUUUAUCUUGUGAGUGAUGGAAUCCCUCUCAUAAUUGUUGGCGUUACGGCAGCAUUUAGUAUGGAGAACUAUGGCAGCAGGGAUGAUGCUUUGUAUUGCUGGAUGGCAUGGGAACCAAGUUUGGGAGGUUUCUAUGCCCCCAUGGGUCUUCUGGUCUUAGUCAUGUCCGUGUACUUCUUGUGUACAUACAUCCAGCUUAAACGCCACCCAGAGAAGAAGUAUGAGCUGCGAGUUCUGAGUGAGGAGCAGCAGCAGUUAUCAUCGAGCGAGUCAAACCAUCACUGUCAUACCAACACUGGGGGAGUUUCUGGGCCUACUGGGGACUGUCAGCCAUUUGCAACAGGCGUGUCGGUGCUGGCCAAUGAGCACUCAUUUAAAUCUCAGCUCCGGGCCACAGCCUUCACCCUCUUUCUGUUCCUGUCUACCUGGGCUUUGGGAGUGUUGGCGGUAUCACUGGGACAUUUCCUGGAUAUGAUAUUCAGCUGUCUGUAUGGGGCUUUUUGUGUCACUCUGGGACUCUUCCUUCUUAUUCAGCACUGUGCCAAACGUGAUGACGUAUGGCACCGCUGGUGGGCUUGUUGCCCGUCCAAGUCUAAGUCCGAGGACGGGGACGGACAGAGCCCGAGGCAGGAGCUCCAUCAGCCACACUGCCACCUGAGCUCCCCAUGCUCCGGCAAGCAGCCUCUGCUCUCCCCUCACCUUGUGCAGAGUUCUUACCACAAAAUGAUGCCACCUUCACAGAACCCCACGCCCAAUCACACGGGUCCGUGCUGCGUGGCCGUGAUGAGUCCCGUUAACGCGAGCCCCAUGUCACCUCUCGCCGAGCCACUGCCCUCACUGCGUCCGCAGGCGCUUCCCGACGAGCUCCCUCGCCCCGCUCUGCCUCUACAGGGCUGCCUUAAUGACAGAACAAAGUCGCGCUCCUUCAACCGCCCACGUCCAUGCCUCCAGGACUACCGCUUGCACAUGACCUCCACCAGUAUGGACGGGAACGGGCACAGCUCACACCAAGACAGCCCUCACCCAGCGCACCACCUAGAAGGCUCACCACUUGUUUCCAACACCCCACACCCGGACCUCCAGCUUCCCUGCCCCAGUCCUCACUUGGAUAAGCAGCUUGCUUCCUGCCACAGCUUGCAACGCCAGAACUCCUGCCACAGCGUGCAAGACUCGAUGGCUUCCUGUCACAGCCGGACACACAACAUGCACGACAGCAUUACUUCCUGUCAUAGCCUCCACCUGCCUUCUCAUGGGGUCCACACCUGCCAGUGGCACAUGUACAGCUCAGCCGAUCACUCCUCCACCACGAGCUGCAGUGAGAAACCCGACCCCUUCGCCUUGCAAUACCAGCAAGACCCCGAAGCAUACAGCUGCAUGUCGAAGGCAACAGAUAAAGAGAAGGAUAAUCUCUGCGUAGAGGUGGAGCAGAAAGGGUUCCCAAGAAAUACUCUGCCUCGGCAGCACGGCACCGUCACCCGGCGAGGUACCAUCGGCCGGAACAGGAGCUUGCAGGAAGAAGGCCUGUUCGGCUCGGACACCACAGGAAACAUACGGACUGGCCCUUGGAGGAAUGAAACCACUGUAUAGUUUUCUUACACUUGUACUUGCCACACCUUCCAGCAGCCCUGUAAUCGAGUUACUCCUUUAAGUGUUUGGGUCUCAAUGCGUUCAGCUUUGCCCCUUGAACCACAGGUUGAGUUUCCAGCGAGGCCUCGUACCCUGAUGAUAUUUCUGAAGCCCUUUAUGACAAAGUUAUCUUUAAGUGUGUUACUAAUCCGUUUUUGCAAGGAAUAUUCAAAUGCAAGAGAGGUUCAAUUAGUGUUCAAUGAAUAUUCUGCUCCAUGUAGUUUAAAGUUGCAAUCAGUACUGUAUGGCUCUCUAGGGGAACAGUGGCUAGUAGUUAGCAAUGACACAGCAAGAAGGAAAGUUUGAAACCACAUCAGUUCCACUUUCCUCCUACAGUCAAAAGGCAUGCAGGUGUAAAGAUUUUAAACUUUAGACUUUAUCCCAAACAAACCAGUGGAAAAAGUUCCCAAACUCAAUGACCAUGAAUGAGUCGACUUAAAUAAGAGACCCAAACAUUGCAUGGACCCUUAAAACUUAACAAGUAAUGAAUAAAUAAUGUUGUCCAGCAUUUAUUACCAAGUUGUGAGUGUAGCCAUGCUGUGAUAUUUACUAUUUGGAUAAUGAAUGAAUCUGUUGAUUAUUUCUUUGAUUACUAGAUUAUUAAUGGGAUGAAAUGAAAAGAAAAGCAUUCUUAUCAAGAAAGCAAAACGUAUUCCUCGUCUUCAUGUACAAUGUACUUUUACUACAUUGAACUAGAAUGACCGCCUUGCGGUUGUAUGCCUCCGCAACCAGUCACGUUGCAGUUCACAUCCAUGUCCAUCCAAGAUCACGUCAUCAUUUUAUCCCAUUAGACAUUUGAGUGAAAUUGUCAUAAUUAGCAUACAAAUUAUUGAUUUAUGGCCCAAAAUAUGUAUUGUAAAAGUCACGGUGACCUUUGACCACCAAAUUCUAUUCAGUUCAUCUUUGAGUGCAAGUGGACGUUUGGGCCAAAUAUGAAGUAAUUCCCUGAGAUAUUGCGUCCACGAGAAUGUACCGGGCAUACUGACAAACUAAUUAAAAAAUAUAAAGCCAGGCCGUCACAGCAUAAAAUAUUGAAUUGAAAUUCAGAGACAGAAGCACAAUUACAGGGUCAUUUAAAAACAAAUGUAACACAGAAUACCUUCCAUAUUUCUUUUCUCUCGACGGAUCAAUGUAGCGUUGGCUUUAUCAAGCGUUAGCUUUAAAGUAGCUUUAUCAGGGACCCGGCGACAUGCAUCCAUCACAAAACGGAGAGAAAACAGACGGACGGUAAUUCUGUCUAUUAUAUUUGUUUCUAAAUUAAAACCUGAUAUCAUGCGUUUGCAUCUGCACUUUUCUCCACUGUAUCGUUGGACUCUACCUCUGACACAUUUCCGACAAAAGCCACAAAAACGGAAGCGUGGUUGUUGUUGCAGAGUCAUGCUGUGGAAUAACAAUUAACAG